AUGCGUCCUGUGGCUUUGGCCGAGCUCAUCACACUCAACACAAUCGACGAGCUCAUCACCGUUGCGCAGGAGAUCCGUCGCAAAGCUCUCGCUGAGCGCGAUCACGCUCGCCAAUGGUCGGCCCGCCAACAUGCGCUCAAGCUGAUUGGCAGGAUCAAGCACAGCCGCCUUUUCGCGUCCAUCAUUGGAAUACGCCCGGAGCCCGCUCAAGGCGGCGUCAGCUCUACCGCUCGCAAGCGCUCAUCGACGGGUGCCGGCACUUUCCACCAACAGCAGGCCGCCUCAGGCCCGUCCACGGGUCCCGGAACUCUCCAGUGCAGUCGCUUCCCAGAGGGUGAGCAGGGGCUUGUUUGUAGCGACAGCCGUCGUCGUCUCCUUUAG